AAGCUUUUCGAACUUCUUUCCACCUAAUUUAAACCCCAAAAAUAUCAAAGUUUCUUACGACUCAAAAAGGUCCGACCAGAUCCGAAAAUCAUGGGUACCGAGAUAUCGGAGCCGUUGAUUCUCGACAAGAAAACCAUCGGUGAUGGCGGAGUGGGCGUCGUUUCGGAACGAGUCCCCGAAUGGAAAGAUCAGAUAACGAUCAGGGGGCUCGUAGUGAGCGCCUUGUUAGGGACGCUCUUUUGUAUCAUCACACACAAGUUGAAUCUAACGGUCGGGAUUAUUCCGUCGAUGAACGUCGGCGCUGGAUUGCUUGGAUUCUUCUUUGUAAAAUCGUGGACCGGUUUUUUGUCUAAGUUAGGGUUUCAAGUUUCACGUUUUACCAAACAAGAAAACACCGUCAUUCAGACUUGCGUCGUCGCUUGUUACGGCCUUGCUUUUAGUGGGGGUUUUGGAUCCUAUAUGAUUGCAAUGGAUGAGAGAACAUAUGAACUUAUUGGUGCUGAUUACCCUGGAAACCGAGCCGUAGAUAUUAAGAAACCGGGGUUAGGGUGGAUGACUGGUUUUCUUUUUGUUGUCAGCUUCCUUGGGCUGUUUAGUCUUGCUCCGCUUCGUAAGGUAAUGGUCAUGGAUUAUAAACUUACAUAUCCCAGUGGAACAGCCACGGCAAUGUUGAUAAAUAGUUUUCAUACCAACUCUGGUGCUGAGCUUGCAGGGAAGCAAGUCACGUGUCUUGGAAAAUAUCUGAGCAUAAGUUUAGUUUGGAGCUGCUUCAAGUGGUUUUUCAGUGGUAUUGGAGAUUCGUGUGGGUUUGAUAAUUUUCCCAGUUUUGGCUUAACGCUGUUCAAAAACACGUUCUAUUUUGACUUUAGUCCAACCUAUGUUGGUUGUGGUCUUAUUUGCCCUCACAUAGUAAACUGCUCAGUUCUUCUUGGGGCUAUCAUAUCGUGGGGUUUCCUCUGGCCCUUCAUUUCUGCACAUUCUGGGGACUGGUAUCCAUCUGGCCUGGAGAGCAAUAAUUUUAAAGGUCUUUAUGGGUAUAAGGUCUUCAUAGCUAUUGCUCUUAUCCUUGGGGAUGGUCUUUACAACCUCGUCAAGAUAAUAUAUAUUACUGCAAAGGAAAUGUGCAACCAAAGCACCAAACAGAGCAAACUCCCUAUUGUUAAUGAGAUCACAGAUAAUGAGAGUUCUAAAAGACUAGAAGAGCAGAGAAAAAGAGAUGAGAUAUUUCUUAAAGACAGGAUACCCGCUUGGUUUGCUGCUUCUGGAUAUGUGGCCUUGGUUGCUAUAUCAACCGCUACUAUUCCAAUCAUCUUUCCGCCCCUCAAGUGGUAUCUGGUUCUUGUUUCAUACAUUAUUGCCCCCGCCCUUGCCUUCUGCAACUCUUAUGGAACUGGACUUACGGACUGGAGCCUGUCAUCCAGUUAUGGGAAGAUUGGUCUUUUCAUUAUGGCUUCAUUAGUUGGAAGUAAUGGUGGAGUCAUUGCUGGUUUGGCUGCCUGUGGGGUUAUGAUGUCUAUUGUCUCCACUGCAGCUGAUCUAAUGCAAGAUUUCAAGACUGGUUACCUCACUCUAUCAUCUGCCAAGUCUAUGUUUGUGAGCCAGUUACUGGGAACUGCAAUGGGAUGUGUCAUUGCUCCACUCACAUUUUGGUUGUUUUGGACUGCUUUUGACAUUGGGUCACCUGAUGGUCCAUACAAAGCACCUAAUGCUGUGAUAUUCAGGGAAAUGGCCAUUCUUGGUAUUGAGGGCUUCUCGGAGCUGCCCAAACAUUGUCUGGCUUUAUGUUGCGGAUUCUUUGUUGGCGCUUUGAUUGUAAACCUCCUGAGGGAUGCGACUCCCAAGAAAAUUUCACAGUUUAUUCCUAUACCUAUGGCCAUGGCAAUUCCAUUCUAUAUUGGAGCUUACUUUGCAGUUGACAUGUUUGUUGGAACAGUAAUCUUGUAUAUAUGGGAACGGAUUAACCGGAAGGAUGCAGAGGAUUAUGCAUGUGCAGUUGCUUCAGGUUUAAUUUGCGGUGAUGGUAUUUGGACAAUACCAUCAGCCAUUCUUUCUAUCCUCAGGAUCAAUCCACCUAUCUGCAUGUACUUUGGGCCUUCUCUGGGUAGUUGAUCAGGAAAGCCACCGGCAAUGUUAUAAGUUGUAACUGUAUAGAUGUAUAUUAUAUGAACUGGAAGUGUAUCAUUUGUUCUUUGUAAAUUUCUAAACAUGGAUUUUAAGCGAACAAUACUUUUCAGACUCGGUUAAUUUGGUUCUGUAAAUGUCUUUUGUAAAUCUCGAAGUGGGUUUUACGAGAAAUCUCUCUCUCUCUCUCAAGUAAAGAGUUUGGUAUUUAAAAAUCUUGGAUAAAAAUCUUUCUUAUGAACCCCUAGACCCUUGCUAUAUUCUUUGGGGAGGGUAUGUUCCAAUAUUUGCAGCAAGGAAACUUCAGUUUAGCAGAAAUUAAACAUAUGACGGCUGGGGAGACAGAAAGUCGAUGGAUUCUGCUAUCAAUUUGAGUUGGUUCUACCAUUUUUGGAAGUUAAGAGUAACCCGAAGCAAAGGUUUGAGAGUGAAUAUUCUGUUGUGAAAAUUUAGAAAUCUCAUGGAAAAUUUAUUGGGUUGCCAGGCUUUUGAACAGUAAAUUAUUA